GAAAGGCUGGGCGAGGCGCCCCGUGCCAUGGUGGUGGGUGUUCGGUCACAGUUCCACUCCAUGAUUCCAGGAGUCUUUUCCAGCCUAUUCCAUUCUCUCAUUCUGAGAACCACGCCACCCAUUUCCACCCCCAGGAAAAUGUCCCAGGAAAAGCACGGGGGUGCUCAGGCCUGUGGAUGAGGGGAUUUCUCCUGUGCAGCAGACGUGAGGAAUGCAGUGUGUCUUGAAGAAGGACUUUUUGGAGAUUGGGAUACUGUGCCAGACUACUGAAAACUAAUCAUUUUAGGACAGCUGCAUCAAAUACAUCAUUUCCAGCAGUUUGGAUGUUAUUGGCACAACAUUCUGGCAGAAUACCUGGGCUCUUUGUAGUAGUUAAAAAAAAUACUUUCUUCACAAUGCCCGAAACUGUGGAGGAUAAAACUAAUCCAGAACUGUAUUUGCCACAUCCUGGAGUGCGUGGGAUGACACUGCUCAACAGAGAGGCUUUCAAAAGGACAGUGGUUCUUCCAGCUCUUAAAGUCAAGAAGGAAAUUGUGCAUAGUGUGCUGAAGUCUCUAAAACAAUCAGUACUGCAACGUCCCGGCCUCAAACGGGUGGUGGAGGAUCCAGAGGAUGAGGACAGUAGAUUUGUUAUCCUGGAUCCUCACAAAGUUCCGGAAUUCUCAUUAGGAGAGUCAGAGCAGCAGGUUUUGAAACAGCUCAGUGUCCAUCCUGAAGUGACCAAGUACCACCUGGAGCUGACCUAUGAGAAUUUCAAGUCAGAGGAGAUCCUGCGAGCUGUCCUUCCCGAAGGUCAAGAGGUCACCUCUGGAUUCAGCCGUGUUGGCCACAUUGCUCAUUUGAAUCUCAGGGAUCACCAGCUGCCCUAUAGACACUUGAUUGGCCAGGUUAUAAUGGACAAGAAUCCAGGAAUUAGCUGUGUAGUGAAUAAAACCAGUAUUAUUGACAGCACAUACAGGAAUUUUGAAAUGGAAGUGCUUGCUGGAGAGAACAACCUGGUGACCAAGGUCAAAGAAAAUAACAUUUCCUAUGAACUGGACUUUUCCAAAGUGUACUGGAACCCGCGCCUGUCCACAGAGCACAGCCGUAUAGUGGAGCUGCUGAAGGCCGGCGACGUCCUCUUCGACGUCUUUGCUGGCAUCGGACCUUUCGCCAUCCCAGCAGCCAAGAGAAAGUGCCGAGUGUUUGCCAACGACCUCAACCCCGAGUCCUACACCUGGCUCCUGCACAACUGCAAGCUCAACAGAGUGGACACCAAGGUAAAGGCGUUCAACAUGGACGGCAGGGACUUCCUGCGGGGGCCGGUGAGGGAGGAGCUCAGCAAAGAGCUCCCGCUCCUGAAAGAAGAACAGAAAACCGCUUUCCACAUAGUGAUGAAUUUGCCAGCUCUGGCUGUGGAGUUUCUGGAUGUUUUCAGGCACCUCUUGGUUGGGGAGCCCUGCAGCCCUGCUGGCCUUCCCACUGUGCACUGCUACGGGUUCUCCAAACACAGCAACCCAGCCAGAGACAUUCAGGAGCGAGCAGAAGCUGUGCUGGGAACCUCCUUGGCUGGACGCUGUUCCACUUUCCUGGUCAGGAACGUGGCGCCCAACAAGGAGAUGCUGUGCCUCAGUUUCCAGAUCCCAGCAGAUGUGCUCUACAAGAGGCCCUGCCCUGACGAAGCAAAACCAGCCUCGAAACGUCUGUGUACCAGCCAAGAUUCUUCAGAAGAGAAGCUACUGAGUUGAAGACCAGAGCUGUGGUGACUACCUUAAUUUGUGUAAAGGAUAUUUGGGGUUUUACUCCAUGAGUUAUAAGGAGCAGACCUGUGUUCCCAUCAAGUUGCAGCUUUCCUCUGGGAGUCUUGCUUCCUGCAGUCACCUUUUUUUCUCAUUGUGGGAUCGAUUGAAAUUGUUAUCACUACAAAAAAUUAAAACUUUAUUCUCUUAUAAUAAAUGUGUUUUGGUACU